AUGGAAAAGAAUAUACGAGAUAAUAUUGAUCCUUCGAUUGCAGAUAAAUUAAUUAAUUUAUUAAAUACUAAAGAAAAAUUUGAAAAGAAAGAUUUUGAAAAUAUUGUUUGUUAUAAUGAAGAAUUAUGGGAAAAUUUAAAGAUUAAAAAUUCCGAAAAAGUUUAUAUAUUACAUAAACAUAGAAUAGAAAAAGAAUUACCAGAAAAAUAUGAAAAUAUUUGGAAAGAUUUAGAAAAAACAAAUAGAUGUACAACAAAAAAACAAAUUUUAAUUAAAACUAAACGAGUUAAAAUUGAAGAAUUAGAUUUGAAUUCUUUAAAUUUUCAAGAUAAAUAUUCCAAAAUAAAAUUUAAUGAUAAUGGUCAUGAAACAAAAGAUCUUAAAACAUUUUUAAUAGAAUUAAAAGAAAAUAUUCAAGAAAGUAGUAAAUAUUUAUAUCAAACAGAUUUACCUUUUUCUACAAAAGAAGAAGAAGGAAACAAAAUUCGUAUUUAUUUAAAAGAAAGAAAUAUUUUAAAAUCAGGUGGACUAGCUAUACAUAAAUAUGGAGAUAAUAGUAAAGAUAUUGAGGAAAAGUUAAAUGAAACUUUAACAGAUGAAUUUCAUAAUGAUAAAAAUUUAAUUCUAUCAAAAAUAUUAAGUUUACAAGGAGAUAUUCGUUCAUAUAAAGAUGAUUUAAAAGCAAAUUUAAAAGAUUUUAUUGAUCUUAAAGAUCAAGAAAUUGUUCCUAAUGAAUUAAAAUUUUUCGAAGGACUUGGUUUAGAUAAAUUUUUAAUUGUUGAAGAAGAUAAACCUUGGUGGGAUUGGAGAGCUUUUGCAGUUGCAAUGAUUGGACUUGCUCAAGUCAUUGCAGGAGCAAUUUUAAUAUCAUAUGGUCUUGUUAAUAUAGGAAGUGCUUUAAUUAGUGAAGGUAUUUCUGAUAUGGUUUAUGCUACUAUGGCAGGUCUAUCAGGUAAUUUUAGUUGGAAAGAUUGGGUAAUACAAAAAGCAAUUAGUUUAAGUCUUUCGAUAAUGAGCGCUGGAUUUGGAAGAUUGGCAUCUAUAGGAAAUACUGUUGCUAAAUUAGGAUCAGUAUCUAGAGCAGCAAUGAUUGCAAAAAUAGUUGGAAAAGCAGCACUUCAGUUUGCAACUACUUGUUUAACGAAUAUUAUAACAGAAAAAAUUAUGGAACAAAUUCAAGACGGUGUUAUACAAAAAGUUGUCAGUUCUAUAGAAGAAAACUUUUUAAAAGAAAUAAAUAAAUCAAUUAAAAGUAAAGUAGAAAUUCUUUAUGUUAAUAGUAAAAAUAAUAUAAAAGAAUUCGAAAACUCUUUUGUAAAAAUGAGAAAAGAUAUUGAAGGAGCUUUAGGAAGAAAUCUUAUAUUACCACAACAGUUUGAUAAUAUCCGAGUACAAGUUAUAUCUUCUUUACAAAAUAGUUAUCAAGUACUUACUGAUGGCCUAAAGAAAUCGAAUUCAAAAUAUGCUAAAAUAGCUGCUAAUACUAUUCAAGCAACACUUAUGGUUGAUAAAUUAUGGAGUGUAAUUGAAUCUGUUUUACAAUUUAAUCAUGCCAAAAAUACUCUGAAGAGUAUUAUUGAAGGCGCUACAAACAAAAUAGAUGAGAAUAAUAAUACAGAAAAUAUAAAUAAUAGUCAUAUUCAAGCAAGAGCAGAUGCAUUGAAGAAUAUUAUUAAAGGAUAUAUAACAAGUAAAUUAACAAGAGAACUAGAUAGAGUAAUAAGACAAAUCAUUAGUGGAACAUUAAAACAGAUUGCUAAAGUAGUAGGACAAAUUGCAAAAGAUAUGAUUAGUUCAGAAUUUAAUGGAAAGAAUCCAGUUGAUGUAUUAAAACGAUCAAAUCAGAAUCAAAGAGAAAGUCAAGUUAGUAUUGAACAACGUUCGACUACAGAUAAAUCAAAGAACGAAAAAGAAGAGCAGGCUAAAAGAGAAAGUCUACAAAAUGAUGUUAAGAAUUUGAAAAACUUGCCUGGAUAUUCUUCAGAAGAAGCUACAGAGAAAGAUAGAGCUUUAGAUCUUGCUGGUAUUAAAAUGUUAGCAGAGAGUAAAUCAAGAAAUAUAGUUGUUUAUAAUAUAGAUACUGGAGAAAAAGAAGUAAUAAGACCAUCUGGACUAGGAAAGAUACCUGCUUUUUUUAAACAAUCAGCUAAAAUUAAUUAUAAAGCAGAUGAGAAUGGAGAUGUUGGACAUUAUUUUACUGCUAGAGGUACAGAAACAUACACACAGAUCAAUGGGCGUAACGAUUGUUUGAUAAUAGCUUAUCACGAAUCACUUGGACAAACAGUAAAUAAAAGUAUGAUACAACAGGAGCGGAAUGAAUUAUACCAAUAUAUUGACCGAAAUCGAAACAAAUUCGAUAGAUAUAGGGAAGAAAUCGAUAGGAGUGGACGUGAUACAAUGAUAGGUGGUAAACAGAAACCUAAAUCUGCAUCUGCUGAAGAAGGUGUGUCUUCGAUAGAACGAGAUGAAAAACAAACGACCUCUUCAAAAAGUGAUGGAACGUACGGAACUAGGAGUGCUGAAAAGACCCGUCUAGAACAAGAGGAAAAUGUAAAGAUUACUGGCAAAACGCAUGAAUCUGAACAUGUUAUUCCCUUCAGAGUAACAUCUGGUAAUCUUAAUUUUGAAUCAAAAAUUCCUAGGAAAAGUGCUGAGGGUAGACAAAUGGAAGAUAGUGGUGCAGCUUAUUUUGAACAAACAUCCACACAUAGACAACAUCCGGGUACAGGUUCUGGUGCAAGGGCUACAGAAUAUUGCAAAGAUGUAGACUGUGCUUUGAGACUUGAAGGGAACCCUAGUAUCGCCCUUCAACUUGCUACAUCAGGGUAUGCUUCUAUACAGGACUUUGCUGAAAAUGCAUCAACUCCAGCCGGUGAAGUAGCUAGUAACUCAUACCGGCGUAUGGUCAAGAAAAUAGAAACCAUAACCCUCCAAAAUCCUGAUGGAUCGAUAACUAAUAUAGAUAUUCUAAAUAUCCAUAGAGAAGAAGCCCUUGCGGCAAGAUUGAUGGCAGAAAAAGGACGCUAUCCUACAAAUGUAGAGCUAAAAGAAAUACGUAAUAAGGUACGCUUCCGAGAGAAAUAUAGUCAGUCAACGAAAAGAAAAAAGUAA